CAAGAGCAGUCGGCUCAAGCGUAUCCCGUCUCCCGUCCGCGUCCGUGCCGGAGGUCCCAGAUCAGUCCAGCCAGCGCACGGUCGGGUGAGUUCAGAUCGCGGAGUCGGAAGGUCGCUCCCGGCCACCUGCUGUCGGCCACCGCAGCCACAUGUCGCUCUUCUCCGCAGCCUCGCAGCUGGCAGCGGCCCAGGACGCCACCUCGCUCGCAUCGACGGCCCAGGUGGGCGCUGCGGCCGCCUCGGUCGCUGGGGCGCUCCAGGGCGGUGCGGACCGCGCGCGGGGCUGGCUGCAGUCCGUCGCCGGGGAGGCCCAGCUGCGCGCCGGUCUGCUGCACGCUGGCGGGGACGGCGAGGGCCAGGCACGGCAGGUGGCGGCGGACGGCUUGCGGUGCCAGGGUUGCGGCAAGCCGUUCGGAGUCUGGAGCAGGCGGAGUGCCUGCACCACCUGCGACAGGUUCCUGUGCGCCGCAUGCCUGGGCAGCCCCCUCCCUCAGUUGGUGGGCGCCAUCAGCUGCCUCUGCGCUGCGACGUGCCCCGCCUGCGCGGAGCUUGGAGACAAGGGCCGGGAGUUCCACGCCUGCAAGGCCAUGAUGGAGAAGGGGGCCGCGGCGACCGUGGGGAUCCCCGUGCAGGCGGGCUGGCUUGGCAGCGGCGGGGACCCGCGGAGAUUGAGCGCGUGGGUGAACCUCGAGGGCAGCAGCGCCGAGCUCCGGUGGGCCACGCUGCAGCAGGCAGCAGGCCGGCCAGCCGAGGAGGGGAGCAUCCGGGUCUGCGACAUCUUGGGCGUGCGCGGCGUGGGCGGCGGAGUGGUGGAGCUGUCUCUGCGCGGCCAGAGCGAGCCCACCACGCUCGACUUUGCCGAGGGUGGCGAACGCGACCGUUGGGCGCGGGGCCUGCUACUGGCCAUGGAGGUGCUGGCGCCAGAAGGUGAGCGCGUGGCGCUCGCGGCGGAGAGGGUGCAGCAGCGGCACGUCGAGAUGGAGGUGCGACGGUCAGAUAAUGAGGAGCGCAAGCGCAAACUCCAGGAAGGCCUCGGCAUGCGCUUCACAGCCGAGGCCCUGGCGCGCCGCUGAGAACCGAGCAUCGCUGGCGGCCAGGCUCCAGCAAGCUGUCCUGCCAGCUAGUGCUCCUGCUCCUCCGCCCCAUCCUCCUCAUCGUAAU